AUGGUUUUUUAUUUUCACAAUGGCGAACGCUUUGCGACUCCUUCCUUAACUGCUAAACGCAGUGUUGAUAGUGCGAUCGACGAAAAACGGUGGGGCACAGUGCCGUGGUUCCACGAGGUUGACAGGGCCGAAGUGACUGGCCGCGUCUCCGCAGGUUUGCUGGUGAUCCUCACCAGCCACGCGCGCCGCUCCGUCAAACAAAAGUCCGCUCCCAGCCCGUCACUCUGA